AUGAUCCUGAAACUAAUUCAACAGUCGUUUCAGGGUUUUGUGUUCCAAACUGCCUUCGCUGCAUUAGAUCUCAACGUAUCCCUUCAAUUUAUUCCAUUCAUGGAUGCAUAUCGAAACUACAACAAUCUUAUACAUCGAGUCUAUACUGGGGAAUUUGAUGCUGCAGUUGGAGAUAUAACAAUCACAGCUAACAGAACUCGAUACGUUGACUUUACAUUACCAUUCACGGAUCUUGGCAUUGGACUGCUGUCUCAAAAUGAUGAUGUAAGCAUGUGGAUCUUUAUGGAACCACUGAGUUUAGAUCUGUGGCUUGUAUCUGCUUGUUUCUUUAUGUUACUCGGUUUUGUCGUUUGGAUUCUUGAACAUCGGGCGAAUGAAGAGUUUCAAGGUUCACUAUCAGAACAGAUUGGAACAACCUUAUGGUUUGCGUUUUCAACCCUUGUUUAUGCUCAUAGGCAGAAGCUGAAGAGUAAUCUGUCAAGAUUUGUAGUGACGGUGUGGUUGUUUGUAGUGCUGCUACUUGCUUCAAGCUACACUGCAACUUUGAGUUCACUGUUAACCAUUGAACAAAUUCGGCAACUUUUCCACACUUUGUCACGUGGGAGCAAGAAUGGUGGUGGUGCUGAUGCAAUUAUUGAUGAAAUUCCAUACCUAAAGGAAUUCCUUGUGCAGUAUCCAUCUGGCUACUCCAUGGUCAUGCAAGGUUCGCCCUUGGUCCCUGAGUUAUCAAGAGAGAUAUCCAGACUACGAGAAGAUGGGACUUUAAACAUGUUGGAGAAUAAGUGGUUUAAAUCAGAUUCACAGUCAAAGGAUUCUGAGCCUGUAUUGAAGAUCCUAGGCCUAAAAGAGUGUCGUGGUCUUUUUCUUAUAACUGGGGUUUCAAUGACUCUGGCCCUUUUCCUAUUCUUGCUCUAUUUUAUUCACGACAAACUGUAUUUCACAUACACAAUGCUCUUCCGAGGAAAGCUUGCAUUCAUCAUGAGGAUUCUCAGCCCUAAAACUGGUGGUUGA